AUGGAAGGGAAGGGGAAAAAGUCGUUGCCACUCAAUCUUCCUCUCCUUGGGAAGAAAGAUAUACUUGGCUCUCCGAGACUCCACGAUCCUGGGAGCUCGCACCGCCAUUCCGUCGCUAGUACAGGGGUAGGCGAACCGAGCAGUCCCUAUUUGCGGUCUCCUGAAUUCACACAUGCCUCUUCUGCGCUGCCUUCUCCCAAGGGGGCUGCGGCUACAAUAGAGGCGCUUCCCCCCGCUGCGUCACCUCGGCAAGCUCCACGGGAACAGGUGCUUCGCCAUGGUGUCCUUAUAUCUCCUCGACCAGUUGAGGAGGUGCCAAGUGGCACCCUCAUGACACCAGCGAUCAUUCGCGCAAAGGCACAAGGCAAGCCUCUGCCCCCAUUAAAAGAAGAUCAUAUUAGCAUGCUGGACGAAUUCAUUACAGUGCCCACCGCCAACUUGAUCGACAAAAUUCCUAAGGAGGAUAUGUUGAGAAUGGCCGGGCCAAGCAUGUACACGCACGACCCACGUUUCACUGAAGACGUGAAGCAGUACCAGCUUGAUCAUCCCAUCCCUCCCGGCGUUCUGAAGGAGUACCCAAACUACGAAAAAUUUCCCCUCCUCCUAAGUCGAAUUCACCGCCCAACCCUAGAGCCAAACGUGAAGGAGACAAAAGACUUCGAGCAUCUUCGUGGGCACAAUGAGGCCAUGCUAGAAAAUAAAUGGCAUCACGGGAGGAAAGCCGGAGCGCUGCCUAUGAGGGAGGCCUACAUGCACGUACCUAAUUUCGGGCGAGUGCAGGUAGUAUUGACUGAUUUUCCCGAUGGAACUAGUUAUCCUCUCGUGACUCUUCCGAAAAUGACCCCAUAUGACAUUCUUAAAGUGCUGGACAAGCAGCAGGAGGCGAAGGAAAGGUCAUGGGUGCUGACAACAGAGGGCCAAACAAGUAUUUAA